GGGGGCGUGUCUUUCCCGCCGCGCUGGAUCGCGUAGAGUCAAGGAGUUGAGAUGAGCGCCGUGGAGAGGGAGGAUGAGGACACGGUGGUGUCCCUGCAGGACGUGUUGGAGGAGAACAGACAGCUGGAGGAGACGGCCAACGCCGUGCUGGGUCCCUCAGACGACUCCAGCUGUACCUACUCCAAGGGUUACGUAGACAGACAGGCUCUGUACUCCUGUGCCACCUGCUCCAGAGCCUCGGGAGACGAGAAACUGGCGGGAAUUUGUCUCGCCUGCAGCCUUCACUGCCACGAGGGACACGAUCUCUACGAACUAUACACAAAGAGGAGGUUCAGAUGUGACUGUGGCAACUCCAUGUUUCCCUCAACCUCUCCAUGUACCCUCUGUGCAGAGAAGACACCUCUCAAUCCUCGCAACAAGUACAACCACAACUUCAGUGGACUCUACUGCACCUGCAACAGACCGUACCCCGACCCAGACGAUGAGGUGGAGGAUGAGAUGAUUCAGUGCUGUGUGUGCGAGGACUGGUUCCAUUCCAGGCAUCUGGGAGGUGAAGGUCCUCCUGAAGGAUAUGAGGAGAUGGUGUGUGGUGGUUGCAUGGCCGCUCAUCGGUUCCUGGAGUCAUACAGACUGGCUCCUGUGGUCACCGUGAUGAGUGAGCAGGGGGAGGAGGGGGAGGUGGAGAAAGAGAGGAAGGGGGUAGAGGAGGAAAAGAGGGGGGCUGAAGAAAAGGGUGAUGUGGGGGAGGAUGGCCUAAAUGUCUCUACAACUGGCGAAGGGGCUGCAGGAGCAGUGGCUGGUGGAUCAUGUGAUCGGUCACAUGACCAGUCAUGUGAGCUGGAGAGGAGAAGGAAUAGGAGCAGAGCAGUCGGUGUGUCUGGCGCCAGAGGUGGUACUGGCUUCUUUGCUUCGUCCUGGAGGUCCCAACUUUGCCGCUGCACUCCCUGCAUGUCUCUGUACAGAGAGGCCGACUGUCUCUAUCUACUGGAGGAGGCUGACACCAUUUCUUCCUACGAGGCCAGAGCAGGCUCCCUCCCAUCUUCCCACGAGUCAGCCAUGACUGCCUUCUCCUCCACUCUGGACAGAGUUCACCAGGUGGAGGCCAUACAUCAGUACAACGAUAUGAAAACUGAGCUGGUCGACUUUCUAAAGGGUUUUGUCAGGGAGGGAAAGGUGGUAGCCAGGAGAGAUGUGGAGACAUUUUUUGAAGGAAUGCAGGCCAGAAAGAGGCAGAGGCUGGAGAGUGGGGAGGGGGUUCCCCCUGCCACCUGCCACUUCUGACCGUCAUCAUCAGUCCCCAUUCAUCAUACUCAGCCCAACAGCCUGUAUAGUCAUUCGAUCGUAAUGCUUCCUCAUUUUUCCCCACAGUGAUUCUCAAAUGAAGUUAAUAUAACAAAAAAUGAUAAUAAUUAUAACUCUAUUAUUGUGGAAAACAGCGAGGAUAUAAAAAAAACUUUUUUUAAUUGUUGUCAAAAGUUGGGUCGUUUUGUGUGAGAAGUUCCUCCACUUCAGUUUGGGCUGUGAAGUCCUACGGAGAACAGAGAGAGAAAAUGGAGGACUCUAAGAAUGUGCUACAGUUAACACAUUCUCUUUGGGUGUGUGCAUACCUCAGGUGUGCUGGUAGGCAUGUUGUGGGCUUUGUGUAGCCACUCCACUGCAGUUGGGACAUCUGACAGUUUCAGAUGACACUGGAGAGGGAGGAGGAGGGGGUCAACUAACACUGUUUCUUAACAAUGUCAGAUUAGUGUCAUUUGUAUAUUCCAUGUCAGGAGCCAAAGUGUGUGUGCGUGUGCACGAAACCUUUGCAAUGUAGAGAGCAUUCGUUUUCCAAUCCUCAGAUGACCGUUCUUCUGCCUGUAUGAGGCUCUCCAGAGCCUCCUCGUAGCUGGACUCUGGAGGAGACCCAAACAGAGCAGCUGCAGCCUUCUUCUCCAGCCACGACACUCCAGCCACCUCAUAACAGAAUCUUCCUCUGAGAUGAUGUAAUGUCUUCUCCUCCGGACUCAAAGAUAUGGCCUUGUCAAUGUGCUCUUUGUACUUGUAGCCCAUUUCAAUCUUUCUCUGGGUUCCUUCGUAUUUGGUGAGAGAGCCAAUGGCAAUGGCGUACCACUGGUGUACCUCCCACACCCCGUCAUCUACCUCCAAACCUCUCUCACACUGCUCCAGAGCUUCCUGGACAAGUUGUUUCUGGCCCUCUGUGUCUCUUUCUUGCUCCACAUGGUUGCUCAGAUGGAACAGGGCACGUGCCAGUCUCCAUAGCAACCCCACAUCGUCUUCAAACUCAGACAAAGCUGUCCUGAUCUGCCGUAUGAGAGUUUCACACGUGUCCUGAUUCGCCUGGCAGCUGUGUCCUAACUCGUCCAGCUGGCCAUAGUCUGGCAUUUUACUGCUUUCUCCCUCUCCCUCCCUUUCUCCCUCUCCCUCAUUUGGGUCAAAGAACUCGUCAUCACUCUCCGUGUUGUCUUCCUGAGCAGAGACGAAGUCAGCGGUGCUGGCUCCUCGCAUGGAGCGGCGGGAAGGAGGUAGCUGACCGCCACACGGCAACACACCGCAACUCUCUACGGUUUGCCUCAGGCGAGCAAUCUCUGCAGUCAGCUCAACUAGAGCGGCCACUAGGUUUCCAGACACAUUUCCCUCGACAGCGGCGGCUCGGGACGGUCUUCGACUCCUCGAUGACGUCAGCCAGCUACUGCUAGACAUUCCCAGAGCGUACCCCGCUCCCAGGCCCGCCAGCACCCCCGCGGCCGUCACCGACCACGAGACGAGGCUUCCUGACCCAGAACUGGAGGAAGACAUGGCACACAGUUGGAGUAGAAGAAAGAUUACGACGGCUAAAUAAUCUCCAAAUAUUGCGCACCUGCGCGUGGGUGUGGCAAGUAGCCACGCCCACACUACUACUCGCCAUCGGCAGCCCCCCCUUCUUUUUCAGCGCGCUCUCUCUCUAGCUCUGUCUCCUGCAGCUGAACAGAGGAACGAUAUGGCAAUUCGGCUGACGCUAGUCUUCAUCCUCCUGGUCUCCAUCAGAUGUCUCGCAGCAACUUGCCCGAACAUAACGGCUACAUACCUAUGUAGAGUCUGCACAGAAGGCCCGCCGUUCAGGUACCGGCUGAGCUGCAACUACGGGUCAGCGGACGGGGCGACCAUGGCCGACAUCACCAGUCUCGUGCGAAGAGAGAGCUCUGCCGAGAACUUUACAGGACUAUUAUUCCAUGGUUUCCAGGAUCGGGCACUCACACCGGAGGUAUUUGCUGGUUUCACGUCUUUGGACCGUCUGGAGAUAGCGUUUAGUGAGGUAGAGUACAUGGAGGCAGAUACGUUUGGCUCACUCCCAAAUUUCCACAAUCUGGUUAUACACAACAAUGACAAGUUGAAGUGGCUGUCUGGUGAGAGUUUCAAUGGACUCAACUCCCUGGAAUCACUGGAACUUGAACGAAAUGCCAUAGAGCACUUGAGAGAAGACAUGGAGCCUUUUUUCCGGAGGAUAUCUAACAGCAUUCGUCUGAGAGAGCCACUUCAGUGUGACUGCCACCUUCUUUGGCUGGUGGACUUUAUUGCAACUCAGUCUACAAUAUCCGUGACUCAUGAUGUUGAUUGCAUCUCCAACUCAGCCACGGAUUUCAGCCAGUGCCUGGAUCCGUGUGAACUGGGUUACCAUCCCUGCAAUGUGGACGCCGCCUGUACCAUAGUCAACAGAACUCAACCAGUCUGCACAUGCAAACCUUGCUACACUGGAGACGGCACUGCCUGCAGCAAAACACUGUGCCCCUCAGGGAACAUGGAGUGCAGGCCUCUGACUGGAAGGUGUGAGUGCGGAGAAGACUUUUCUGCGUCAGCUGGAGACGACCCCUGCACGAGAAUAGUUUCAGGGGUGUUCACAAACCUGACCAGAGACUGUUCUGGGGUGGAGCCGGAGGACGUGGAGAGACUCUCAGACUGUGCAGAGAUGCUCUCUCAAGUGGCCACACAUCACCUCACCAUGCCGGCUGAGAUCCCUAGAGUUAUUGACCUCCUCCAGGACAUGGUGGCCAGUCUGAGUCAAGAAGAGGCCCACCCGCCUUCCUUCAACAUCUCCCAGAAUCUGGUGGAGGCUGCCAGCGAGCUACUGAAAGAAGGAAACCUAGUGCUCUGGCAGAAUGCAACGACUGAUUCUACUAGAGAUGCAGUGGCUAUUUUCUCUGCAAUGAAUGACUUGGGAGCCUUGUUACUGACUCGUACCAACAUCACUAACAUCACCACUGAUAACAUAGCAAUGGUUCUGGUGAGACCAAACUGCCAGAGUGAACAGAGUAUACCUGAAUUUGAUGGUUAUGACAUCAGCUCUGAUCUGCUGGGUGAGGCUCCAGCAGCAGGCUCAGAGAGCACCCUCUCUCUCCCCAGCUCCCUCUUCUCCGACGUCUUUGCCAACGGGAGUGUGGCCGACUGCUCGGAGGUGGGUGUGGUCUCACUGGUGUACGGGGGGAUUGGACCACUUCUGUCUCUUAAUGAGGAGGAGCUCCUGACCAGCAUUGGGUGUGGUCCAAACACCACUAGAGACACUGAUGAGAUCUGUCCGUGGUAUGGGGAACCCCCAGUAAUCUGCCCCACUGAGUGGCAAUUGAACAGUGUCGUCAUAUCAGCCACAGUGAUAAACAGCAGCAAGGCAAUCUCCACUCAGCUGUCUUCCCCUGUCACAAUCUCUCUCUCCCACCAAGACCCCUCCCUCUCCUCCCCCAUCUGUGCCUUCAUUGAUGAGUCUCUGCCUCUGCAGAGUACUGACAGUUGGUUGACUGAGAACUGUGAGAGAGAUGUUGGAGCCAGCACAGACACCACCACCGUCUGUAACUGCUACCACCUCACCUCCUUUGCUCUGGUCAUGAGUCGCUCCAGCUCCCCGCCAGAGAACAGACCACUCAGCAUCGCCACUAAAGUCGGGCUCUCUCUCUCCAUCCUCUGCCUCUGUGCUACUGUCAUCCUCCUCUUUGGCCUCAAACUCAAGAACAAGACACUGCACCAGGUCCACAGACAGUUGGCUCUGGCACUGGGUUUAUCCCAGCUAGUGUUCCUGGUGGGCGUCGACCGGUCCGCAGUCCCCAGUCCAGACCAGCUGUGCACGGCAUGGGCAGCCCUCCUCCAUUACCUCCUCCUGGCCACCUUCCUCUGGCAGCUCUGCGAGGGUGUCCACCUCUACCUGCUCAUUGGGAGGGUGUUUGGAAACUUUGAGAGGGUUCAGUACAUCUACGCUGUCAUUGCCUGGGGGCUUCCCCUGCUGAUUGUGGGGCCUACUCUGGGUCUGAAGUUCUGUGACUAUGGCUCCACAAACUAUUGCUGGAUAACUCCCGAUGGAGAUGCCAUAUGGGCUUUCCACGGCCCAGUCAUUGGAGUGCUUCUAGUAAGUAUAUACAUAGCAUUAGGAAGUGUAUGUCUUGUAAGCGAAUGUGUUUCAGAUCAAUGUGGUGGUGUUGGUGUAUGUCGUGACUGUCAUUGUGAGGCUGAGUAUGAGAAAAGAGGAAAAUGCUUGUCUCUUCAUUACUCUGAUUCAUGCAUCGGUGGUGCUGGUCCCAAUCCUGGGAGUUACGUGGGCCCUGGGGUUCCUGGUGGUAGGGGGCGGAGUCUACGCCACCGUGGUAGAGUGGCUGUUCUUUGUCUUUACCACGCUCCAGGGAGUCGCCAUCUUCUUUGCUCACUGCGUCAUCAACAGAGAGGUUCGAUCCGCCUUCCUGCGCACCAUGGGCUGUAGAAAACUAGCUGAAAAUCAAGAUACGAUGGUGAACGUCGGUCGAAAAUUAUCAAAAGCUGGGAUUGCUCAAUCGUACAUGCUGCGGAGGACCUCGGGCACAACUUCAGGGUCACUAACAGUGGGUGGGUUCGUGACCCCAUCAGCCACACCCUCCAGAAGAGAGUCAGAGACUGAGACCCCAUUCCAGUUAAGUCUCAUUCCCAUCAAAGAAGAAAGCAGUGGUCACGACAAUUUCGAUAUUAUAACCACCAUUGAAGAGGAGACCAGUUGCCAAGACAACGCAACACCCUCCGUACUAACAGACGUUAGAUAGACGCCUCACAGUUCAGCAUCUCAUGAUUAUUGUCACAAAGUUCGUAGUUUUUCUUUAAAUAAACAGCAGUCAAUAAAUUAUACUAAUGAGUGCAAAGGUCAGUCAUCCUUGGCAGUUCUGACAUCGCCAGUGUUCCAGCCCCAGGACCCUCCCCACCCUCCGUCCGAUUCCUGGGUUUUGGUUCCAGAUCCUGACUUUGACUUUGAUUUGGUUGUUGGUUCUUCUCCUUUGCUGGAGUUGUUGGAAUGUGUGUCCUCCCCCCACCCCCCACUGGGCCCCCAAGAGGGGUCGUCCCAACUGGGGGAACUGGUUUCAGCUGGUUCUCUGCUGACAGGUCCUCUCUCAGUACUGCCAUAGCUGGUACUGCCGUAAGAUCUUGAACCAGUCCUGCUGCCUAGUGGAGGUGCCUGCUCAGCCGACCCAGAGCUGGGUGAAUCCUCUGAGAAUGAACCUAAUAGAUCUCCCACCCUUUCCUCCCUGCCUCUCU